AUGAUCGAACUUUCGUAUAUUCCAACCCAGCCGCCUCAACUCGAGCCUUCCACCAUCAAAACAGAGAACUUUUCUUCCUACCUUCCAGACUUUCAAGAAAUUAAGGAAGAAGCCUUUCAAUCCUACGACAGCCAUUACGUAACCGCCUUCCCCGUACAAAACACUUACGCCUCAUUUACUCCGGAUUACGGGCAAAUUUACACGCCAGAAACGACAAUUCAAAGCGGUCAAGAGCAAAAUCGAACUUCGCCGCCCUUGACCCUUGCCGCUAGUCUUCCACCCCCAGAGAAUGCCAAUUCCAAUAAUGUCGACCAAACGAAGAUCUUUCUCCAGACUCCCCAGACGCAAACUUACAUUGCGACUUCUAUUCCCGAGGGAGCGUACACUGUUUUUGAAGAGAUCCCAACUGACUUUUCGAACUCGUCGAAUUCGAACUCUUCCUAUGCUUAUCCGAUUUCCCUCUCAAUCAACCCUCCUACAACAGAUAUGCUUCCCCAACCAACUUUCCAAACUUCCACUCCCGACCACCAACAUUCCACCCAGUCCUCCAAUGGUCUUCCGAUGGACACGAAAAAGGUCGCAGAAGACAUUCUCUCCGAACUGAAGCGCUACAGUAUUCCACAAAGCGUCUUUGCGAACAAGAUUCUCGGCCGAAGCCAGGGCACCUUAUCCGAUCUCUUGCGAAAUCCGAAGCCGUGGGACAAAUUGAAAGCAGGGCGAGAGACGUUUCGGCGGAUGGAGCAGUGGUUGCAGCAGCCAGAAAUGAAACGAGUUACAGAGCUUCAACAGGCAACCCGUCUGGCGGGGAGCAUGAAACAGCAGCAAAAGGAUCUCAAUUUGCCCAGACAAAAAGCGAAGAAGAUCAGAAGGAUCUUCACUGAUUCGCAGAGACGAGUACUCCACAAUGUCUUCAAGACAAACAAUCGCCCAACGAAGGAGCACCAAAUGGCGUUGGCCGAAGAACUGAACCUUGAACUCUCCACAGUUUCGAAUUUCUUCAUGAACGCGCGCCGCCGCCGCCUUUCGCCCGUCUAA